UUUAUAUCCCGUUUUGUAGCUUUUUUAUCUCUCCCAAAUCCUUCAUUUCCAUUUGUAAGCUCUAAUUUUGUUAAUCUACAUUGUUUUUCCCUUUUUUCAUAAAAUAGGAAACUUGCAUUAAUUAGAGCAACUAAAAGGAAAGACACCUUUGAACACUUAGUAAAUUCUUGUACCAUUCAAUUUAACUUCUAUGGCGGAUGAAGAAUUUGUUGAUCAAAAGAAAUAUCUGGAGGACUUCUGCAAGCCUAAAUGUGUGAAGCCUUUAAUUGAAUAUGAGGCAUGUAUAAAGAGAAUAGAAGGAGAAGAACUUGGGCUAAAGCACUGUACUGGGCAAUACUUUGAUUACUUGUAUUGUGUUGAUAAAUGUGUUGCACCAAAGCUAUUUUCAAAAGUAAAGUAACUGAAAGGCCUCCUCAAAGACCACUUUCUUUAUGUUCAUAUAUUUUACAAGUGAGCUGACUGACAAUGAUUUUUUACAAGUGUACGAAAUCGCAACAAGUAAUAAAGAAUGAGUGGAGUACCAUUCCCACGAGGAUUGUA